AUGGCCCGGCUAUUGCUUCUUCUAGUCGGCUUGUUCGUUGGCUUGUCCCAGCAGGCAUGCUCAACUGAUGAAGACUGCAGCCUCAACGGCGUUUGUGCCGGAGGCGGCGUCUGUCAGUGUGAUCCGGCUUGGACUGGCACCGACUGUGGCGUCCUCGACAUCCGUCCAGCUAAGCGGAACGGUGGCUACAAUCUGACUCCAGAGGGAACGUCCUCGUGGUGCUCCAAGAUUAUUCAGGAUCCAAAGGAGAGCAACUUGUACCACCUCUUCGCCUCCGAGUUCACUCAUGGCUGUGGCCUUGACUACUGGGCUCCCUACAGCCGCAUCAUCCGUGCUGAAUCUCGCACAGGCCCUGCUGGUCCUUACAAAUUUGCCGCUGAAGUUGUGGGAACCUUUGCCCACAACCCAACCGUCGUCUACAGCCCCGCGGAUAAAGAAUACCUUCUCUACUAUAUCGGAUGCCCUACAAACGUGACGGACACGUGCCAAUCCAAGAGCUUCACCUGCGGACCAGGCAACGACGUCAAUGGAGAGAGCGGAGUCUCUGUCCUGAGCAGCAAAGAUCUCCGCAAGUGGACUUUCAAGGGACAAGUCAUGCAGGGCGAUAACACGGGUGACUGGGAUGCCGAUUUGACAAACCCUACCGCAUUCCCUCUGUACUCUAGCUCUUGUGGACGCGCAGAAUCGACCGCGAAUGGCGGACAUUGUCCUGGCCACACCGCUGCUAUGCUGUUGGUCUACCGCGGUUGCCCAAUCAACUGCGGUGGUUCCGAGCUGAUCAACGUGGCCUACUCAGAGUCUGGUUAUGAGGGCCCAUACAAGAAGAUUGAGUCACAGCCAAUCUUUGACGAUGCCAAUGAGGAUCCGUUUGUAUGGCGCGACAAGCGAGGCAACUUCCACAUGCUUUUGCACUCCCUCGAGCCCGCUGGUGGAUUUGGCUGGGGACCUCAGGUUGGUCGUCAUGCUUAUGCGAGGAACUACACAGGACCAUGGACAUUUGGCAACCGAACACUUGCAUUCAGCACGUAUGUUCAGUACGAUGAUGGAUUUGUUACUCAAUUCAACCGCAGAGAGAGACCAGAGUUGUAUUUCUCGAAUGAUGGACAAAUGACACCUCUGUUAAUGUCAACGGGUGUGCAAGAACAGAACAGCGGUCAGAGUUACAGUCUCAUUGUCCCUCUUGGAGACGCCGGAGUGAAGGCCCAGGGCUCAUCUUGA